UGCAACAUCAUCAUGCAAUCCAGACUCACACGGGGCACUAGAUGGUACAUUUAAGGAACCCUGACAACAAACAGGCAAUAUAGAAGGGUGCAGCUGGGCGCAGAAGCAGCUCUCGGCUACCACUAUCUCUUCAAUUAGCCUGCAUGUGGGGCCAUCCUUGUGGCGUACAUAUAAGCCGACCCCACACUGUAUACACGGAAGAAGGAAGAUCAAUAUACCUGCCACUGUAAGUUACAGUCGCUUCUCACAUAUCUAAUUUGUAUUCUCUGUUUGGUCUUCUAGACUUCAAUCCACACCUCGUUUCGAUAUGACGCGCUUCUCCCGUCGCCCCUCAUCCGGCGUCAACGUCAUAAUAGUAGGCGCAGGCUUCGCGGGCAUUGCAGCAGCGAUAGAAUGUGACCGAAAAGGUCACUCAGUCCUCCUUCUCGAGAAAGCUGCAGAUGUAGAGGAAAUAACGCGAUUCGGGGAUAUCAUCUCAUUCGAUCCGAACGGUGCGCGCAACUUCGAGCGCUGGCCUGGCGUCAUCGAGGCAAUGAAGAAAGUUGCACGGAAAACAACGUGGCUGGAUCUGUACCACUGGAAAGGGGAGUUUGUUACAAGACAAAGUUUUGAUGCCGAGAAGGAGUGGGGGCCCAGGAUCAAUGGACAUAGAGGGGAGUUGUACAGUAUCAUCCAUCAGCAUGCUGUCGACCGGGGCGUACAGAUCAGAUGGGGUCAGCGUGUGACUGACUACUUCGAGGAUGCGGAAAGAGCUGGUGUUGUUACUAAUGGGGAGCGUAUGUUUGCUGACGUAGUCAUCGCAGCCGAAGGGGUGCGCUCGCGUGGCCGCAAGAUCGUGCUUGGAUUUGAUGAUAAACCUAAGAGUUCGGGAUACGCUGUAUAUCGCUCGUGGUUUUCUGGCGACGCUAUCAAAGAUAACCCCAUGUUGAAGCACCUUGUAGAGAGGGACAGUCACUCUGGGUUCAUUGGCCCAGACCUCCACUUUCUGGUUUCGUCGCUCAAAGACGGCAAAGAGUUUAACUGGGUGUUUACCCACGUAGACGACGGCAAUAUCGAAGAGAGCUGGCAGUUUCCUGGGAGAGUGGAGGAUUGUCUAAAGUACGUCGAAGGAUGGGCGCCGAUAGUACAAGAGAUCGUGAGAUCGACACCAAAAGGCGCACGUCUCAUCGAUCACAAACUCGUCUUCCGCGAUCCGCUACCGACUUUUAUUUCCCCAAAACAACGCAUCGCUUUGAUUGGAGAUGCAGCGCAUCCAUUCCUUCCAACAUCCAUCCAAGGAGCCAGUCAAUCCAUUGAAGACGGUGUCGUCCUAGCUGCAUGUCUCGAACUCGCUGGCAAGGAAAGCAUCCCACUAGCCGUACGUGCAUUCGAGAAGAUCCGUUAUGAAAGAGUACACAAGGCGCAGGCGACAGGAGUGAAGACGCGCGAGCGAUGGCACAAAGCCGACUGGGAUGAAAUCGUUAAGAAGCCAGAGUCGAUUCACCUAGCACGUGAGGCAUGGUUGCUGAACUUUGAUGCAGAAAAAGACUGCUACGACAGGUUUCAAGUAGUUGCCAAAGAUUUGCGGGGUGCACAAGCGCGGUUGUAAGGUUGGGACGCUUUGCUCGGGUAGUAGCGUCGGUAUAUUGUGUUGGUGUUAUACGGACCAGGCAAACAACCUUGAAGGCACGUUAUCUACACGUGGUAUGUCAGCGCAAGGUUGUUUAUGCAUGUCUCGCGUUGGCUUUCCUGUUUGGCGUAGUUUUCGAUCAGACUAGAAAUUGGAUCAUAGCGGUUGGCAUCAUUGAUGCGGAUGAGCUCGCGCUACUGCCG